AUGGCGGCCUCCAUCAGGCGAAUUCUCGGGAGAGGGCUCCCAUUUAUCAACCGAAGCCAUGUACAGGCCCCCAGUGUGGAGGCGGCGGUGGAGCCGCCACAUCAUCAUGGUGAGCCGGUGUGGCACCUGUACAGCGCUGUUUGCCUGGAGCGGCUACCAGUGGUGGCCCCUCCACUUUCACCUAUUGAGCGGGAAUUCUCCACGCUGCUGCGACGACUGGAGUUUGAGAACAGCCUCAAGUCUGACCACGAAAUGCGCCAUGAGCGCGACAUAGCCACGGCUGAGGCGCUCCGGCUGUCGGAUGGCGACGACGCGGACCUGAUGGACGCGGCCAGCAUGCAGACGGCGCAGCGGCUCGGCACCGGCGCCAAGUGGAUGAUGCCGCAGGGCCGCCACCAGUCGGGCGAGACCAUGAGACAGACGGCGGAGCGCACUCUGCAGACGGUGGUCGGACCGGACGUCCGCGCCCGGUUCCUGGGGUGUUCUUCUUCAAGGCCGUGCUGUCGGGCGGCGGCCGUGGAACCGGCCGCCGACGAGGUGGCCGACUACAAGUGGCUGACGCGGGGCGAGCUGCGCCAACAGCUGCUCUCCAGCUACUACCGCUCCGUCCACCGCUUCCUGGUGGAUGAGGACUGACGCGUACGCGCGUCGGUCUUCGCGCGCGAGAGAGAGCGGCUCCCGAGGACGGCCGGGCGCCGGCUCACUGACGGUAGACUGACUGGCUGUUGCGGCGCGGCGGCGUCCAGUCCCGGCUGCCGCGCCGGGCGCCAGCUCGCUGACGGU